CAACGCAGUGGCAGAGCGGCACGCGCAGGAACAUACGAAAACGGAGGCGCAUCGUGCCGGACCGUGCGAGCAGCGCUCUGUUUGCAGUGUGUGGGCUGGCUUGCGGAUCGCUCUCCCGUGUGCUCCAUCCUCCUGCCUUGUUCGCGCGCGUGAUCGUGCGUGUGUGCUUGGUGUGUGCGUAUACUACUUGUGUGCGCUCCGUGUGUAUGCUCGCCACUGCCGGGGAAUAACGCCGACGGGCCCACGCCAGACUCCCAUUACUGCCCCCCCAUACAGCACCACUGCGGCACUAUGGAUUUACUUCACACCGUCCUGGUGGCCUUUCUGCUCGUCGUAACAGAAUGCAGCGGCGAGCUGUAUCUUCAGCCAGCCAAGACCGAAGUGAGCACGUUCACGCGCGAGAACUUCUUCGUGACGUGCCUGGGCGGCUCCGGCACCGACCAGCACUCUCUGACAUGGACGGGCCCGGACGGCCGCCGCAUCACCGAACUCAGCGGAAGGAUCCAUAUUGAACCGCCUCUACCUGGCCAGUCUGGCCUGAAGAUCGUCGUGGAAGAGGCCUGGGAAUCCGACAAGGGCACUUACACUUGCUCUGCGCCGGCGCAGGCCGACGAAAUCUCCUUCAACCUCAUCGUCUACCGAGCGAUCACCUUCGAAGGCACGCCUCAGCUUCAACAAGGCACCGAAGGCGAAGACUUCACGCUCCAGUGCACCGCCCAAGCUGACCAGAAGCCCGUCGUCUCCUGGACCAGGGACUCCAAGUCCAUCAUUAACAACAAAAAGUACAAGAUGGAAGGCCAGUCUCUGCUCAUCCGCAACCUUUCUCGGCACGACGCCGGUAACUACACAUGCAGCGCUUUCUUAGCCACCUCGCACCUCUCCUCAGUCAAGUCCUUGGUGGUGACGCUGCAAGUCAACUACCCUGCCGAGUGGAAGCAGCCCAUCCAGGACGCGGCCUACUCCAGCGUCGGAGCCAUGGCCGUGCUGCACUGUGAAGCUGGAGGCAUGCCCGAGCCCAGCGUCAACUGGUUCCGUGACGACCAGCUCCUGGAGCCCGACGAGCGCCGACAGAUAGUCGGCAACACGGGCGCGAGCACGCUCAAGAUCAAGGUGACUGAUGUGGCUGACUUCGGGGAGUACAUGUGCCGAGCUCGCAACGACCUGAAUGUACUGGAGCACGUCGUCAAUCUUAAGGAAGGAGAGGCGCCCAAGCCUCCUCGGGUGGCCGUGGUGGACUCCAAGCCGAGCACGCUGGUGCUCAGAAUCGAGCACCCGCGUGACGAGCCCCUCCAAGUGGUGGGCUUUCGCAUCGAGUACAAAACCGACAAGGACUCCAGUUGGGACAGCGCCGAGCACCAGGAGUAUGACACUGGAAAUGGUAUGCAGUAUGUGCUGCGAAACCUGAACCACGACACCAGCUACGCCAUACGCGUGUCGGCGCGCAACGCUGCGGGCUACGGUGAUUUCUCGGACGAGAUCUACCACCGGACCAAGGACCCGCAACACUACACGCAGCCCAACAGCAACGCCGCUGGCGUCGCUCAAAUCGCGCCCGUCCUCGCCUCGCUGAACUGUUUGCUCUUGCUCAGGCUUUAAUGGGCCACUCCGAGGAAAAAGAAAGAAUGAAAUGGGAAGGGGUUAACAUAGAAAAGGGAGUCACAUUUUCUCCCUAUUACCGGAACUUAUUUUUGCUGCCUCUAAAGGACCUUAUCCACGCGGAUGACUGAUAUAGUGGGCAACAGCAAGUGAUGGCGACCUUCAAUUUAAGCCCUCAUUGAGCAUCAUAAUUCUUUGGCUGAAGAAGCUAGGCGCUUUAAUAAGGCAACCGAAGCUGAGUCUUAAAUCGCUUCAACCACAAGCGAUCCAACAUUAUGGAGAAUGAUGGCGAUUAGAGUGACGACUACAAGCUUUUCGUUUGAACAUGAUAACGCUGGAGUGCUGACCUGCGGUAUCAGCUCGCGUAGCAUCGCAGAUUGCGUGCGAUGUGUUCUUUGGUACUUGCUAAGUGGGACAGCGUGCUGUGAUCUCUCACACCAUGAAGUAAUCGGCAACACUAAUGGCGCUUUCGAGUUAAACUAACGAGGGCACUCAGAACUGCUCCGAAAGUGAUCCGAUGGAGGCCUGCGCCAGUAUCGGCAACUUUACUGAGCCUCACGCGAAGAUUACCAGAGAACUUUUAGAGCAGUUCUGAGUGCUUCUUACGGUCUUCAGGAAAGUGCCAUAGAUGCGACUACUUAAGAUAUGAUCCUCAGCUAAUAGGUUGCGGAGAAUCAAGCUUCUGUAUGUGCUCACUGAAGGAUUUUAGGGUCGCACACUUCCAUAGGCAGGCAUGCAGUGCUACAUUUCAGUCGCCCGCUGAGAAAGAGGCAAAAGGUCAGCUAACGAAGAAAACUAUGAAUGUCUGUGACACAUUUCUUGAAAUUUCAAGUCAAGUUCGCUUUUAUUUGUUAGUUUUAGGGUCUUAUUAGUUCUUCUGCAUGAGAGAUUGACAGCUGCAUGUAUAGGACAUUUCACCAAGAGUAUUAUUAGACACUUGUAUGAAAGACGUUUAUUAUUAUUAUUAUUUCAAUCAUCACGAGAGACAUUUUUUACAUUACCAAGUGAUGCACCAAGGCUUUGUUUAGAGUAGCACUUAACAUUGUGUUUCGCACGUUGUCAAGACCUUUAUGUACAUUUGAAUACCAACACUACAGGCUAACUUUCCAGCAACGUAAAAUGAACGACCAAGAAAAUACUGCAUUUAGUAUUCUUUUUGCUUUUCCCGGGAUUCAUGCCGCACUCGACACCACUUUUCAAGUGCUGCGGAGCGCACUGGGCAGUGCACCUUCAUUCUCCGUUACAGUCAUCAGCUUGGACGAAUUUAACAUGUGUGUACGUACGUGUGCGUGUGUUUUCUUGUGCAAAAGAAGUGCUGUUGACUGGAACAGGCUUUUUGCGUUCUUCACCAAGACAAGCGUGUAUGACAGUGUAUACGCCAUAAAAGAAAAAAAAAAUCUCAUUGGUUGUCGUCGAGAAGAGUGUAACUCGUCUUAAAAGUUCGUUGUUCUUUAUGGCUUGUAACCUUGUAGAUGUUCUUCCAUAACACAGAUCUCUCUGUUGUGUACGUGGUUUUUCACACAAGUACAGUUCCCAGUGGUGACCAGCAGCGCCUUGCAAGGAGCUGUGAAACCACCUGCAGCGCGUCACUGUGUGGAAUUUAGGUGUUGGGUGUCGUUCGUGACUUCAUUGCAGAUGUGGGAGGAUUGAACAGAAUCUCCACUUUUCACUGGCAUCCCAAGAAAUGUGCUGUUGUAUCUAGUGUUCUUUAUUUCGUUUCAACAAUCUAUCCCGUAGAACCAGGAACGAGCUGUUAUUUGCUGCCUGCUACCUGCAGAUGUUUUAUUUCACUUGAGGUAGACAACACCGUUCUCAGGUGGGUUUCCUAAGUAGGAAAAAAGAAAAAGCAUCCAUCCUCUUUUUAUGCUGCUUCGGGAGCCAUGAGUGCAUAAAAAUUUUGGAAACAGCUAGCCUUAAUCUCUCCGUGGCGCAACGUGGCCCAUGGAGUGCUGGCGGCGCUCUGUAAUUUGUCACUUGUGCUGACCAUAGACCACAGUAGAGAUAUCGCUGACGUAUUGAAAUCACGCAUGUAUGACACUGUCGUGCCUCCAGAUGGAAGCACUGAUGGUUAUUGCAAAACCAGGCACUUCAGAGCCCCGAUUACAGGUGCGGCUAAGUUAUCUGUAGUUUGGUCUAGGGGUUUCUGCGCUGCAGUGCUCACCACGGGAAAUUCGUUUUCAAAACCCUGUAGAAUUGGGCAUAACACUUGUGGAACUAUGGGCACUUGAAGAAUGUUUUCUUGAGUCUCAGCUUGCACUGAAACAAUGGUGGCUUAAUUUCAUUGCCGCAUUUCCCAGUGCGACAGAUUCGCCGCUCGCGUGAGCGCCCAUCAUUGCUUGAAAACCGGCCUCACUGCAUGACCGUGACGCACGCAAUAGCACGAUGCACGUGCGCUGAAAGGAGCACCGUCUCUGUUACUUUUCGCAUUUCCCUCAAUUCCUGGCCAGCCUGAGAGAGUAUAUAACCAAAGCAACGAACGGUGCGGAAUGCUAGUAACUAUUCACCCCUGAUGAACUUCUGCUCAAGCACUGCUUUCGGGUAUCUGUCACGCAGGGGUGCCCCGAACAGUUAGUUGAUGGGGGCGCCCGUGAAGUGCGAUUAUGUGGUGCCAUCCUUUCGCUAGGGAGUCGGAUCGCUGAACUGCGUGUGGUGCAGGGUCUAUCUGCGAGACAGCCAGGCUUAGAAGCCUGCAAAUACUGGCGGCCGGGAAACCGUUGACCCAGCCUUCUGUAACGAAUGCGGCACUUCUUUUCGUCAGGUGGCUUGCUUUCGCGGAUGUAGGCUUUGAACGCCAUCACUGUGGCCUCCAGAGAGCCAGUUGGCAGAGGCAGUAGGCAGAAACACAACGUGGAACACUGGUACCAGAAAUGCGCAAAGGACAAAACAACUUCGUUUCUGCGCAUAUAUUGAUUGAACUUGUACUCAAUAGUUUGGCAAAUACUUGUUUAGUCAGGUAGCAGUUAGAAAGAAGUUUUAAAGAAAUCAGGUGCAUUGUGGUUGUUGCACCCGUGCGGGUUCUAUAUCCACAAUGCAGCAGAUAUUGAGUCGUCGUCAGUGGAAGUACGUAGCACGUGACAGAGCGGUUGGGAGCCAUGCCCGGGUUUACUUCCGAUGGUUCCGUCACGGGCUGCGUAUUUGAACCGAUGAUGACCUAGUGCAUGCUACAUUGUGAACAUGGAACCCGUAUGGGUCUGAAGACGUUAAUGAACGUUUCAUUUAAACAGUGACCACAACCUUUUUUUUUUUAAUAAUCAACGAACUGUCGGUAAACGCUGUAGCUUGACUCGAAAAUGUACCUCAGUAUUUGUUCCCUGUCUGCCUUAGGGAGCCGACGCAGAAGUUCGAGCUGCUUUCGCGAUAGACAAGUGUAGCUUUUAACUGAUACAACGCAAGAGCUGAGUUAUGUAUCGAACUGCAUCUCAUAGGGAUCAGUCACCGCAGCGUGUUGAAGGCGUUAGUGUUGGUUCUACGGGAGUUGCGCCGCGUCGUUUACUGGUGUUUGAUUCAGGUGUGUUUUAGAGGGUGGGUAAACGUUAGAAACACUUCUAAAAUUGUAACACCGAAAAUAAAGUAAUUCGGCAACUGAAUACAACUGGUUAGGAAAUAGCUAUAUACCUAUUAAGUUUCGAUUGCUUAGGCGUCGUUCCUAGGCAAAUCAAAACGAAAUACAAUGAAUGCCAACAAUAUUUUUUUUUCGUCGUCUGGGCCGAGCUUGUUAUUUUCUGUCUCUCACUAGAGGUGCGGGCGUGGGCGCUUUUGCGUGUAUAAUGUGAAAAUGCUGGAUGUAUAUGUGAUGAUCGCCGGGUGCCGUGUGUUUCGAGGUUGUUGAGGGUUGCAUGCCUAUUUGCUUGUGGGAGCCGACGCGCUGAGCUGCUUCCCAGCUUAGGCGCCGGUGGUGACGCCGCUGUGUGCUCUGCGGAAGUGUUGUUUUCUUAUUUGUUUCUCCGUGAAAGGUGUGUGUGAAAGGCGGCCGCGUGCUUUCUUACGCUGCUUGUCCAAGCAGCGAUGUUUGAAUGUGAACGGGGCUAUAUAGGGGAAAAACAUAUGGGGCCGGCGAAAGCCGAGAACUGAUGUCUCUGGUGCAGAUAUUGAAGAAAAAAAAAAGGAAAAUAUAUUGUUAGUUGUUCUCGCUGUAAAAGCAUGAAGCCGUGAAAAACUGUUUUAUGUGUGUUUCUCAUACUUGUAUAGUGCUGAAAAGGUUUGUAUGCUAUACAUGGCGAUUUAAAAGGUAUAUUAUAUAUAUAUUAUAUAUUACAACUUGGUGACCACCCUUAAGCGUCCCUUUUGCCAGCUGUUCUUGCGUUGUAGCGACCUUCUUUAACGUAUGCCCCCUGUUUUUAGAGACAUUGUUUUAUAGCUUUUAACUUCUUCUUUAGCCAUCUCUUGCCUGUAGAUGUCUCGCUUCUGUUUUACACAUGCAUGUAUAUCUCUUCAGGUGCCAAUUUGACUGUCUGUAUACAUUCCCGACAUGAGCAGUUUGUUUCAGACUUAAGUAUUUGCGCCUUUUUCUUGUCAAAUUUUGUGUUCCGUGACCUUUAAUUUUACUUUGCCUCGCAGUAUUGUGCCUUCGUUCGAGCUUCUUCAACGAAGUCUUGUAGAAAUCCUGGCCACAAUUUUUCGCGGUGCAUAGCUGUUACUUUCGGAAUGAUGUAUACAUCUAUGUGUUAUGUAAAUAAACAUGUCUCUCAAAGA